UUUUCCCCCCUCUUUCCUAACAGCGCAUCCUGCCGCAGCGGCAAAACCCUCCCGCGCAGUGGCCUCCCCUCAGCGCGUCGUUUUCCCCGUUUCGUUUCUUAAAAGGCAGCACUGGAACUGCAGGUGCCGCGGCCUACCCCAGCCCUCGCAGCACACGCCUCCCUCCCGCCCGGGCAGGUACAGCCCGGCUCCCGUGGAACGCCGAGAGAGGUACGAACUGCAGCACCGCCUCACGCACGGAACAAACCGCCUCACCACAGGGCGGAGGGGAGGAGAACCGCCUGGUUUUCCUACCGCUGCAGGCCCAAGCUGCGAGGCGCACCACGCGGAGGAGCCCGCCCGGGACGCGGCGCGCACCACCUCGCCGCCGCGGAGUAGUGCGGGGCAGGCACCGCCCUCCCGCCCCGGCGCAUGCGCCGCGCCCCCCCCCCCCCCCGGCUCCUACUCGGCCGGCCCUCCGCCGGACCCCGGCUCUCGGCGGCUGCACCGCAGGAAGAUGAACAGAAUUUAACUGCGUUUCAGGACUUGACUCCUGAUGGGCUGGAUUUUGUCUUGGCAGGAGUUUUUGAAGAUUCAUGCAGUGAAAGAAGAAACAGCCAAUGGCUUCAGAAUCCAUGGUCCCAGAGCAGGCAAAACAACAUGCGAUAAAGGGAAAAAGGCGGCAGCAACAGCAGCAGCAGCAAAUUAGGUCUUCCAACAGUGACGGUGAAGAUGACAUCUUUGUCUUUGAAGCAAAUGAGGCUUGGAAGGAUUUUCACAGCUCUCUCCUUCACUUCUUUGAAGCUGGAGAGCUCUGCGAUGUUACACUGAAGGUUGGUUCGAAGCUGAUCUCUUGCCACAAACUGGUGCUAGCUUGUGUAAUACCUUACUUCAGAGCCAUGUUUCUUUCGGAAAUGGCUGAAGCCAAGCAGACGUUGAUCGAGAUCAGGGACUUUGAUGGCGAUGCAAUAGAAGACCUGGUGAAGUUUGUGUACUCCUCUCGGCUUACUCUGACAGUGGAUAACGUCCAGCCUCUCUUGUACGCUGCUUGCAUUCUUCAGGUGGAACUGGUAGCAAAGGCGUGCUGUGAAUACAUGAAGCUGCACUUCCAUCCCUCCAACUGCCUGGCAGUCAGGGCAUUUGCAGAGAGUCACAACCGCAUUGACUUGAUGGACAUGGCCGAUCAGUAUGCUUGCGAACAUUUUACGGAAGUGGUGGAGUGCGAAGACUUUGUGAACGUGUCACCACAGCACCUCCAUAAACUCCUGUCCUCUAGUGACCUGAAUAUUGAAAACGAAAAGCAAGCUUACAGCGCUGCCAUCAAGUGGCUGCUAGCCAAUCCACAGCAUCACGCGACGUGGCUGGAUGAAAUACUUGCACAGGUACGGCUGCCUCUCUUGCCCAUUUGUUUCCUUAUGGGUGUUGUGGCAAAGGAAGAGAUUGUCAAGCAGAAUCUAAAAUGUAGGGAUUUGCUGGAUGAAGCAAGAAACUACCACCUUCACCUGAGCAGCAGGGCAGUGCCAGACUUUGAGUACUCCAUUCGCACAACACCAAGGAAGCAGACUGCUGGUGUGCUGUUCUGUGUCGGUGGUAGAGGUGGAUCUGGUGACCCAUUUCGCAGCAUUGAAUGUUACUCUAUCAGUAAGAACAACUGGUUCUUCGGCCCUGAAAUGAACAGCAGGAGAAGGCACGUGGGUGUGAUCUCUGUGGGAGGUAAAGUCUACGCAGUAGGUGGACAUGAUGGAAAUGAACACUUAGGAAGCAUGGAAGUAUUUGAUCCGCUCACAAACAAGUGGAUGAUGAAGGCAUCAAUGAACACGAAGAGGAGAGGAAUCGCUCUUGCCUCCCUUGGUGGCCCCAUUUACGCAAUAGGAGGUUUAGAUGACAACACUUGCUUCAGCGAUGUGGAAAGAUAUGACAUCGAUUCCGAUCGAUGGAGUGCAGUUGCCCCAAUGAACACUCCCAGGGGAGGAGUGGGCUCCGUAGCCCUUGUGAACCACGUUUACGCUGUGGGUGGCAAUGACGGCGUAGCAUCUCUUUCCAGUGUGGAGAAAUACGAUCCCCAUUUGGAUAAGUGGAUGGAAGUGAAAGAGAUGGGUCAGCGAAGAGCUGGCAAUGGUGUCAGCGAGCUCCACGGCUGCUUGUAUGUUGUUGGUGGCUUUGAUGACAACUCUCCACUGAGCUCAGUGGAGCGGUUUGACCCACGCAGUGACAAAUGGGAAUAUGUAGCAGAGCUUACAACUCCGAGGGGUGGCGUCGGCAUAGCGACACUGAUGGGUAAAAUUUUUGCGGUUGGAGGACAUAAUGGCAACGCAUACCUGAAUACAGUAGAAGCAUUUGAUCCCAUAGUGAACAGGUGGGAGCUGGUGGGCUCGGUGUCACACUGCAGGGCAGGGGCAGGCGUGGCUGUGUGCUCUUGUCUCAGCAGCCAGAUCCGGGACGCGGGCCAAGGAUCCAGCAACGUUGUGGACUGCAUGUGAGCUCUGCUGCCUCCUCCAAAUUCCCGAGGAAGGAGAGUAAGGGAGGCACUGCACAGCUUUUAAACACCGUGUUUUGUAUGGUAGGUUAAGAAAUAAAACCAAUAACUUUUCUUUGUGAAAAUGAUACCUUCUGCCACUGUAAAGCUUUUGGUGGCUUUCUGUCCAUAGCGAUACAGAAAAGCCUGUGAAAACAUGGAAUAAAAGCGUGGCUUACGGGAGAAAACCUGCCAAGAGCUGCACUCAUCCCAUUUUUGAGAAGCUGUAAUUUCAGACUCAUUUCAGGCAACUGUUACAGGGACUCGUUUGUAGACGAGGCCUGGGGUGAGGAGAGAGAGCAGCAGUUACUACUGCUGAGGCUUACCCAACAGCUCUGCUACGUGUUUUCUGGAGGACUCGAGUGCCAUUUAAUGUAAGUUAUUUUGGGGAAUGUAGUCUUAAACAUUUCCUAAUUGUACGAGAGCUUUGUAGCACAAAGCAUCUCACGUUUUAGAAGGUAACGACAUCCCUGUUGCACGCUAAGGUAAACGAGCAGAGGAGGUCACUGCCCACCUCCCAAGGGACUGCUGGGAGCAGUGGAAAUUGCAGGUACGCGGCCUGAAACCCGUCUUUCAAAGGCCUUUCUCGAGCUAAUACACUUGUUAGAAAGCUGCAAAGAUUCUUGACCUGAGUUUAGCCACUGGAACACUGGAAUUCUCAAGUCUUCAAUAAAAUCUGUAGUAACUACGCCCCCCGAAAAGACAAGUUUCCCUUGAGAGAUCGUUCUUGAAGUAAGCAGUGAAAUUUGUCCUACUUUGAGAUGACAGCGUGUGAAAUUGUAGGCUUCAGUGGUGUCUGAAUCACCAUUUUUAUACGGAAUGGAAACAUACAAUAGAAGCUGCGGUGUUCUGUAAAGAGCUUUAAAUGCAAUUCUAGGAGAUGACAUGUCCGAUUUCAGUAUCCAGUAGCAACUCUCUGGUAAUUCUAGAGGUACUGGCUCUUUUACGAUAGUUAAGCCAGGAAGAUCCAGCCUCCAAACAGAGAGAUGACUUAAAGCUUACAUAAACCAAAGAGAAUCGGCAACAGUAAGAAUUGGAAAUAAACAUCAAAAAUUGAAAUAGGAACUUGACGGUGUUGUGUACAAAGGUAUCUUGUUACGCACUCAGAAACCCCGAAUUCCAAGUAAAGUCCAGCUGGAAAGACUGCAUCACCUUGAAGACAGCAACAACUGGCGGUCCUUUGAGACCAGAGUUACGCGUUACCAGGUUGUUCCAAGUGACCAGGGAGAGCGGCACACUUGUUUGCGUUCGGUACCAGGGAAGAGGCAGAACAGUGCGAGCAUAAGGCACAGCCAUGUUUUGCUGUCGAGUUACCAUCAUUUCGCUUUUCUGUUUCAAAUGGCCUGCACUUUGGUGGCACCCAGGGACAAAGUGAACGGUACUGUAAAUAAUGAAACAUUGCAAUAAAACAUUUGUACCUCAAAGCACCUUGUUUGUAGUAUGACUGGAGCAUGCUAUUGUGGGGAAAUAUUACAACAUUGAGUAGUUUUUGGUUUCUGCAGAGUGUAAUUCUCAACAGGAAGCCUUUAUCAGCAGGGAAAAUCCUGCAUUGCAGCCGCAAGCUGUACCACCCUGCAAGGAUGUGGUCACCCCUGUGGCUCUUGAUCAGGCUAGGAGGGGUGGGAAGAAGAGGUGCGGGUUCCCUCUCUGGAACCAAACAGGUUCUUCUAUGGAUGUCCUGGCUAACAAUAAAAUUUCUCCUCAAUACGUUUCCUGGCUAACAAUGCAUUUCUCCUCUUGAUGGGAGAGCGCUGGCACCCAUGGGUGCCGCCUGUGAGUAACUUGCACGCUUUGGGACCAUCCUGACAGCAAUCGCCUUCCAGGCACCAAAGGGAGAUGUGUGUGUUCAGCAGGGAAAUAAGCUUACAGCAAACGCAGUGGCGACCCCAUAGCUGGAAGUCAAAUGGCGCCAGGUUUGAACACUAUCGUAAGACAGGCGCUUCUGUUGUAUUCCAGUUUGCACGCCGCCGCCCCCAACAACAUUUGUGCUCAGGCUGCUGGAGGCUGGCGGGAAAACUGCAAAAAGGGUUUACAAGGAACAACCCUGUUGCUAGUAGAGUGGUGUCCAUGUUCUCAAUCUUACGUGGCACCAGAACCGCAAAGAUUUUGUGCAGAACUGUUUCUAGGAACACUAUUGCUGGAAAUGUGAUAUUGAUGUCAAAGCAUCGACAAAAAAAAAAGGAUAGGAUGACUGUGGCAACACACUAGUGACUUACCUGCAUAUAAAGCCGUUGUGAUUUAACACCAGCAAACUCGUUUUUCUUCUUCCAGUACUGGCAACCGCAUAAUGAUGACAAAGAAGGAACCCCCCCCAGGCUGAGGGAAGAGAGCAGCCCACCCUGGUCCCCGUGGGGAGGCAGCCCUCCAGCGGCAGCAGGCCCUAACUCCCGCUGCAUCUUCUAAUUUAAAACUAAACUCGGGAUUUGCAAUGGCAAAGUCUUCAAACGUUCAGGGUCAUGAAUUCAUUGCAUGUAAACAUGAUGCAUAUCCGAUCCCAAACGUGGAAUUGCUACUGCUUCUGUUAAUUAGGUUUCUCCUGCAUCUCAAAGCCUUGAACUCACCCAUAAAAAUCAUGAACCCAAAGACGUCUGUUAGGACAUCCUUUAAACACAAGGAAAAAAUAAUUCUGUAAGAAUCCUGUGUGGUCACAGUUACUCACAUCGAACUUUCCAGCCUGCUGAUUUGAACGGUGUCAUGGGCUUCCAGGAGGAGCAAGACCAGACUCUGGACCACUCCUGAGCAGCCCCCUUGGCCGCCUAUCUCCAGUCAUGACUGUGCAGCCAGUGCUUAUGAGUCACCCCGCUGCCGCCCCAGCUUCUGGGACUCAGCCUCCCUGUCCUCGCUCUCCUGCUGCCCCCCAGUUAGAUUUCUACCUCUUGAAGUUAGAUUUCCGAUCACUACAUUAAAAUAGUAAUUUCUGCUGUGUUUUUUUCAGGACAUGCCAUAAGACCACGAUGAAGCAAGGAUCUCAGAUGUGUCGGUGUUUAUUUCAGUUUUGUAAAAUACAUCCUUUCCAAAUAAUCUUAAAUUCGUAGCUUGUUAUUUGCAUUCAAAGGGCAUUGUGAUAACUUGUUUGUAUUUUCACUGCUUUGAUUACUUUUAAAUAUUGCUCUU